GAUAAAAUUCGAGAGUUGUAAGUUGGUUGUGAGUGAAAGAGCAGCGGGAAUUUGCAGGAAAACCCAAGUAGCCUUUACUCUAGUAGCCUUGAGGAAAACCCUGGUGCGACAGGGCUGAACGCGGGCUAAGGCUUGGGCAUUAAGGCUGACGCCUGGACUGUUGUACGGCGUUGGGUUGAGGGAGCCGUCGGCUGUGUGUUUGUUAAAUACGGCUUCGCACAUAAAAGCUAUAUUAUAGUAGAUUAGGGCGGUUUUAGUGCACGCCUACAAAUACAAGUCGAAGUCAUGGCAGGAAGGCAGUAUAGUGAUGCGAAAAAUCCCUUCUUCUCCGUUGAAGAACCAGUAUCUGAUGAUGACUUUUUGAGGCACCCUAAACAAGGUUCAUCUGGCUACAUGUUUCCUGGGCAUCAGUCUGGUUCACACAAUCCCCUAGAAGAUAGAAGGCUUCAACUUCAAGAGGAGCGUAGAAAAAUUGAGCAGCGCACACUGGAUUCUUCUAGUCGAUCAGUGGGUCUUCUUCAAGAAUCAGAACGAGCUGGUAUUGAAACAGCUGAGGAGCUUAUCAGACAGAGAGAGCAGCUGGAAAACACAGAGCGAAGAUUGGAUGACAUCAACUCAACAUUGAAUGUCAGCCAGAGGCAUAUCAGCAACAUAAAGAGCGUCUUCAGCAGCCUGAAAAGCUACUUCGGCAGUCGUGGUGCGGCAACAGCGGACCCGGCGCGCCCGGCCGGCGCUGGCGCCGCUUCCGUGCCACAGUCGUCAUCGGAUAGCCGCCUCCAACAGACCCUGCAGCGCACGGAGGCGGCCGCCGCUGACCGGCCGUCUCAGCCGCAUCCUGGACUGCGCAUGCGCGGUCUGGAUGACGAGGCGCUGUCGACGCCGGCCGCCGCUGACCCGUACGCCCGUGUCGACGCCCAACUGGACAGGAAUCUGGAGGACAUGUGCUCGGGUCUGACAAGGCUGCGCGGCCUCGCCGAGGGUCUCGGUGACGAGAUCUCCGAACAGAACGACAUGCUGGACCGCAUCAGCAAGGCGACCGACCGCGCCGACCUCCGCGUCACCAGCCAGAACAAGGACAUGGUCCGCAUCCUCAAGAAGUAGGCGGUCGGAAGCGAGCAGGUGCGUUGAGAACAGGCUGUCGGCAGGGCCAAGGCCGCAUCGUCGACAAGGGGGCUGCGGUCGGGACAUGGCCACGAUCAUCAAGGAAGUGGCUGAGUUGGCGACCUAGAGCCUCAACAAGAAAGCUUAUUGUGGGAGUUCGGUAUCGACACGAAAAAAAAAACAGACUUCAGGUGGUGAUAGAAAUCCUUAAUAAGUAAAAGUCUAUGGCGGCUUGGCCAAAAUCAUGUGGAGCAACGCUAUUUGCUACAUUUGACCGGUGUCCCAAAAUAGGGUCGGACCAAAAACGCGUUGAAAUAAUGACACGGUCGUCAGGGGCAGAUGGUCAGCAUCAGUGUACUCAUCGGUGUAGUGGACACAGCACGUCCACACAAGCGCCGGUGGGCGGGCCGAAUCCAUGUGGACCGCUGUGAGGCCGCGUCUGUCCGAGUGACGGGUCACCGCUGACCAGAUCCGGGCGCGGGGUGUCGGGGCGUGUGAUCCUGAGUUGUGUCCUACAUAUCCAGGGAGCGAAAACGCCGGGCGUCCCCCAUGGAGCGCUCGGUCAUCCCCCAAUAAUUAUUCUGCGCUGCCGCCGCCAUGCCACCCUUCCGCGGUGAUAUAGGCGCAUGUUUACUGUGGUCGGCAUGCUUACCCCGCUUGGAUGGCCAAUUUUCUCCGUGGCCGUAUAACCAUUGCAUCAGCAAUCCAUUCGCGUAUUUGUGCACCGAUAGCCACGAGAGGUGCGGUCGUUAGAUCUUCUGUGCGGUGAGUAGUCCACGUUAGCUGGUGUCAAGCGGAUGUGCGCGUGCAUGUGGAUGUUUUGUAUCUCCGGUGUCUACGUUGCACCAAGCUUGGUGUCACUGUGGGGCGGGGAGGGUCUUAGGAAAGGAGGUCGAAAUGCCAAACUGUUACACGUGUCAUUGGCAGUAAUGUUAGUUCUGGACAUGUGCUAAUUAAGCUCAUAAGCUCAUUGGCUCUUGAAACGCGUGAAAUUCGCCUUGCAUAACAAACUGUAUCUUGUUUAAGAUACCGCGUGCGAGAUUUUUUCGAGCUUUGAGAUCUGAGUGAUUCUCUCGGAAGUGCAGGGACCUUCAUACGUUGGCCGCUGUAAGCCAAUUCAUUAUGGUGGCGUGUUGCUGAUAAUAAACGGGAAGUACACACA